UGCACCCACACUCUUCUCCGCUUCUCCUUCCUCUUCCAAACCCUCUCUGCUUACUCUGCUCCCAUUUCUCUGGAGCGUCGUCAAUGGCUUCUCUGAAACGCGAAAUUCCCGACGAUCGCAAAGUUGAGCCGGAGCUCAACAAGACCAGGACGGCUGGAGAUGUCCCGGAGCCAGCAGCGAAGCAGCGCGUGGCGCUCAACCCCGCAGACUGCAGCUUAGAUUUCAACAUCGAUGGUAGUGGUCUUCAAGGAUCAGGCUUCCAUGAGGGCGCUUUUGCUUACUGCUGGUCUGGGGCCCGUGCGACCGUCGGAAUCUCUGGAGGAAAGUAUUGCUUUGGUUGCAAGAUUGUUUCAGUGCAGCCAGUUGACAUGUGUGACACUCCUUCCGAAGAUCAGCAUCUUUGCUCGAUUGGUGUCUCUAGAGUGGAGGAACCUGUAGAGAACCUCGGAGAAACCCAACAGAGCUUUGGUUUCGGGAGCACAGGAAAAUUCUUAACCGCUGGAAAAUUUUCGGAUUAUGGUGAAAAGUUCGGGGUUGGUGAUACAAUUGUCUGUGCUGUCGACAUUGAGAGUGUUGGAAAAUACUCAGAUUAUGCUAUCAUUGGUUUCUCUAAGAAUGGCCAGUGGUUGGGAACUGCAACGGUAUUUUAUGUUAGUCCAAUGCUCAGGAUGAACGACGCUUCAGUGAGAAAGCAUCAGUGGAAAUUGGCCCUAUUUCCACAUGUUCUGCUGAAAAAUGUUGUGGUUGAGCUGCAAUUCAGUCUCGAAGAUGGGCUUGUUCCUGAGGGAGGUUUUAAGCCUUGGGAUUUCGCAAUUGAGAAAGGAAAUGCAGUAAGAGGUCCUGUUCUUACUAGUGUGAGUGAAUGUGAAGUGAUCAUGAUGGUGGGCUUACCUGCUUCUGGGAAGACUACUUGGGCUGAGAAAUGGAUCCGGGACCACCCUGAGAAGCGUUACGUUUUGCUUGGACUGAAUCUCAUCCGAGGCCAGAUGAAGAUGCCACGGCUAAUACGUAAGCAAAAUGAUCGGGAUUUGUUUGAUCGUCUAAUGGACAAGGAACCUGCCAUCUUCUACUCCCUUUUACUCAGGGCAGCAAACACUCCUCGCAAUUUCAUAAUUGAUCAGACGAAUUUACACAAGAGCGGGCGCCAACGUAAACUGAAGCUGUUUGCUUUGUUUAAAAAGAUUGCUGCAGUGGUAUUUCCUGGACCAGCAGAACUGAAGUUCCGGUCACAUAAGAGACUUCGAGAAACAGGACUGGAAGUACCUGCUCAUGCAGUGAAUUCGAUGAUGGCUAGUUUUGUUUUGCCUAUGAGCAAGGAUAUGCCUGGUUCGGAUGAGAAUUUUGACCAGAUCAUAUUUACAGAGCUCAAUAGAGUGGAGUCUCAAUGGCAUUUGCUAAAGAUGAAGGAAGCACUAGCCUUGAUGCCAAAUUCGAGUAUAAACAACGAUAUGUCGCCCUCUUCUUGGGAAACAUCAUCACAUCCUUCCGUGCAUGAUGGGACAGCUUCAUCCAGUAGCUUGACAUUGGGCCCUCAGCAAUCUCCUCUUCCCAGAGCUCCUCGUGGAAACACCAUUAUUGCUCCCACAGUUAUGUACAAUCCUGCCCAGGCUCAGCGACCUUUCUAUAGAAGUGCGGCACCCUCCCUGCCUAACCGUCCACGAGGAUGGGCUCCGCCGACUUAUCCAUACCCAAGGUAAAACUAAGCUGGGAGUGCCUUACAUCUGGUGAGCGAAUUGUUCUCUAUUCCAGUCCCAUCCGGACCAUUCAUGCGGAAAAGGCUGAUAUUUUGUUUUCACAAACCAUCGAGAUCAUUGAGAGUGGGUUCUUCAGGAAAUCAACGGAGGCAAGUCUUUGAUUCCGGAAAUCGUUAGGACAUAUCAUCAUCCAUUCUAUACAUAUGUUUUGUUCUAGGCUUCUUUCCAAACCCUUAUUCUAGGAUCAUACUCUGGUGUAUAUAGGUAUAGGCGAGACUGAUACUUCAUAGAUGGACAAGCUUGUUCCUCGUCGAAUCUUGUAGGAUGCCGAUCAUCUUGCAGCGGCGGCCUUACAGAACAAGGUUCAUCGGCAUCAGUCCACCGUGAGAAAUUCGGCAUCUUCUGAUUCGAAAGAUGCAGACCUCACUUCAGAUGCAUUCAUGCUUCUACCUUUAGCUUAAUAGAUUCCGCAAAGAUUAUUGACUUGUUAGAGACAAAAUCUUUAGCGCACUGAAUUUGAACGCUCACCGUCAAUCUGCUCCAGGAACUC